AUGGACCUAGCACUAAUGGACCCUUAUGGGACAAAUCCUGGACCAAUUGAUGGUUCAGUGCUUUAUGAUCAGGAGAAGCAUGUGUCUUCAGCAGUUUGGGAUGGACAGGAGCGUGGUGCACUUAGAUGUCAUGAACACACUUCGAAGCUUGAUCAAUGGACACUCACGGAAAAGCAGAUUGAGUUGGUAGAUCAGGCUGGAUUUGGUUAUUUAAGAUUGAUUCCUGCAAUUAGUCUAGAUAACCCACUCAUUUCUGCCCUAGUCGAAAGGUGGAGGAGAGAAACGAACACUUUUCACCUGAAUGUUGGAGAAAUGACAGUAACUCUUAAAGAUGUUGCGCUAUUGCUUGGACUAGCUAUUGACGGAGAACCUGUUAUUGGAAUAACGCAUACCACCUGCAACUCCGUUUGUGAGAGGUAUCUUGGAAGAGUACCAGAGUCUAGUUAUACUAGUGGUGGAAUGGUGAAGCUAAGCUGGUUGAAAGAGUUCUUUUCCUAUUGUCCUGAAGAUGCACCACUUGAAGUGAUUGAGUGCCAUACACGUGCUUACCUCUUAUACCUUGUUGGAAGUACAAUAUUUUCCACUACCACUGGGAAUAAAGUCCCUGUCAUGUACCUUCCAUUGUUUGAGAAUUUUGACCUAUGUGGGAAAUAUGCCUGGGGGUCAGCAGCUUUGGCAUUCUUGUACAGGGCACUUGGCAAUGCCUCACUGAGAUCUCAAAGUACAAUUAGUGGCUGUUUAACACUACUACAGUGCUGGAGUUACUUUCACCUGAAUAUUGGACGACCAAAGCUCAACACUGAUUCUAUGCAUGAUCGUUUCCCUUUGGUGCUAAGCUGGAAGGGAAAACAAAGUGGGCCAACAACAAACCGUGAUGUAGUGUUUUACCGUAAAGCUCUGGAUUCACUGAAAUCCUGCGACGUGGAGUGGCUUCCUUAUAGAAAUAUGGACAGUACAGUGAUUCCAGAAGAUAUCAAGAGCAAUCUAAUUUUAGGGAGGUCAAAAACAAUGCUAAUAUGCUUUGACAAGGCAGAAAGGCAUCUCCCAAAUCGUUGCCUAAGGCAAUAUGGCAUGUUUCAGUCAAUCCCAGAGGAUGUACAGCGAUGGGAGAGAAAGAGUCGUGGAGUUGAUGGUGGGGUUGACUUGUCAGGUAAAAUGGAAUCAGAGAUUAAUGAAUGGUUGGAACGUCGAUUUCAUAUUGUGGAAGGUGAUGAUGGUGCAGAUGAAAGUGAUUAUAUGCAGUGGUACCUGAGAAUUACGCGUAAGUUUGUAGGGAGGCCUAUAUCUCUCUCAUCUGAGUUUCAAAGAACGAAUGCCGGUUUGAGGGAGAUCGCACGCAUGGCAGAUACAUUCUCAACAAAUGGGUUGGACGAGGAACAAGUUGACUUAAUUAAUAGUAUCAGGACUAUUGCGCAUGAAUGUUUGAGGGACCAGGUUGGCGGUCCGUACAUAGUGUCAGCCACCCCACAAAUCGAAGUUGGGAAAAGGAUAAGAGGGAAGGAGAGGGUGAGAAGGAAAGGUACGGGAAAACGUUUGCGGAAGGAUGAUCCAGCACAAUAUAUUGCUGCUAGUGAGGAUGAUCAGUCUCAGUAUUGUGGUGCCACUGUCAGGGUUGAGCAGUUACCAUUACAUCAUCUACAUAGAGAGGAAGAUCAUUCACAGCUGUGUCCUGUUGAUAACGAGGUGACUGGUUUGGAUAUGAUCAAUGGAGAUGUUGAGGGUGAGAAUAUGCAGCUAUGCAAUGCUGACAUUGGGUUUGAUCAUUCAGAGCUAAGCCAUGAGGCUGGUGAGGAAGGUAAUGCUGAGCUAAUCCAUGCUGUUGUCAAGGUUGAUGACACACAGCUCUUUGAAGCAACCGGAAAGAUCAACGACUCACAGCUUUAUUUGUGA